GCAACCUGUUGUUUCACUCCAAAAUGGUCCUUCUCAAUCGGUGUGACAUAAUUCCCGUUCUAACGUAGCUAACUCGAGCUGCUACCAGCCUUACUGAUUUGACGUCACAGCGAACGGGACAUGCGAUUGGCUUAUCGAAGCAGAGAGAUCGAUUAUUAAAAUAACACGGGCAAAAGCCGCGUAUUAACGGGAUAUGUGAGUGGCGUUGAAUCUGAGGCUUACACUGCUGUGAACGCAGCGAAGACAAGGCUGUGCGAACCAUCACUAGUAACUCUGGCUUACCCACACAUCCGGAAUACCAAGCGCUGGUCGAGGAUAUUGAGCGGACAUUUGACUUUCAUAAACCAGAGGUUAUGCGUUCUCGAGCGGAGGAAAUGAGUAGGAACAUAGAAUUAGGCAUGUCGGACGAUAUAGCGAGUGAAGAUUCUCUGUGGGGCAUCACAAGCUUAAAGAACCAGGACUUUGACAUGCGUAAACGAGGCACAAAGAGAGACAACCCAAGUUCGCCAUCAGAUUCCGGAAGUUCCACCAAUGAGGAGAUCGCUGAGAAGAAGCCGAGAAACACACGCAAAGCAGCGCGGAGGAAAAAGGGAGUUAGUGCCCGCGAAAGAAACCUGCGUCGUCUUGAGAGUAAUGAACGGGAAAGGAUGAGGAUGCACAGUCUCAAUGACGCAUUCGGAGAACUCCGGGAGGUCAUCCCCCACGUUCGUCUUGACCGGAAACUGUCGAAAAUCGAGACGCUGACUUUAGCGAAGAAUUAUAUCAAGGCUCUUACUAAUGUGAUUUGUGAAAUGCGUGGAGAAAAUCGCCCGUUCACAUUCGAGGAGACGGGGGUUGAGAGUAAGUUUAACGAUCUUGAAUAUGAGGAUGAGGAUGACGACAACAUGAGUAGUGUUAAUAGUGCAUCCGGUAAAACACGUUCAUGUAACGAGCUGGACACUGAACCCAUGCAGGGUAUGGACGGAGAUGUUGAUGUCUCAGACAAUGGCAAUUCGCAUGAACUACAGGAAGACGAUGAGCUAGAAAACGUCCACUUCCCUGUCACAGAAGUUUAAACUUUCAUCAUCAAAGUGAUUGGCCAGUGCCAUCGGCCGAACUAGCUCAUCCAACAUUGUGACUCUUCCAAAUAAAUCCUUUUUCAAAUCUGCUGGAGUACCUUUUUGUGAAAAUCAAAUGAGAUCAUCACGUGCCGGAGACAAAUUACAAGGGAGCUUCACGGUCCACAAGAUAGCUAACAGGAGCAUCGCGUUGUGGCGCGAGAGCAUCAUGUUGGUGAAAAUCAAACGGAGCAAUACCUUACCUAGACUCUAUCGUGUUACUCGUGACAUAAAAUACGCAGUAUAAAGGUAAGAGCUGCCAGAUGAGCUGCAAGAUGAGCUGCUGUGUGGGCAGCCAUCACAACGUGGACUCAAUUCAAAAUGGACAAAGCCUUUAUUUUGAAAAAGAAGAUCAUUGUUCAGAUUAUUUUUCAAAUACGCUAGUGUACAUUUAUCUAUGGAUAUUGUUUUGACCAAUUGUUAUUUUCAGAUAAGACGAUUGUAAGUAUUCUUUUUGUCUGUCUGGGAAAGGGCCACAGUAAUAUUAGAGGAUAUGUGCAUUGGCAUUGCCUUUCAAAAUGCAUGCAUUUCAUUCAUUGUUUGUAGCUUACGCUUUUCAUAAUAGAAUUUUAAUCAUAAAAUCUCCUGUCAUUCCAUCGGUAUGUUCACCUCGUUUUGAAAUGCCUGGGUCAUAAUUGACAAAAGAAGUCAUUUAUUUUUUCAGCAUAUUUUCAGAUUACAUUUCAGUGUAUAAGAGUGGGUUAGGAUCCAAUGUUGUGUAUAUUUGAAACUGACAACUGUUGUACAUUUCAAUACUCAUGUUUGUAAGAUAAUUCUUAGAUUACCUUGUAGUAUUGCCAUCAUCAUAACCACUGUCGUUCUAACUCUUCGACUCUCGUUCUUUCAGCAAUGAGUACAUGUUCAUAAAUACAGGUCAUAUAACUUAUUUCCAUUAUAAAAUAAUGUAUACGACACUGACAUAAGGGAGUUAACUCUGCUCACCUCAUCUGGUGCCCCUAUAACAUCGUUAUCUUUGAACUUGGUGUCUAUUCCAAUCAGAUGAAUAUAUUUAUUGAAUCUAUUCUUUUACUCAAUAAAACGAAACUAUUUUGUUAAAGUGUUGUCUUAGAGUCGUUGUAUAAGGCCACAAGAAAUUCAUUUUCUUUAUGGUUCGUUAAAUGAGGAAUGGUUUUAACAUAAUUAUUCCCAAGAUUUUUUAUGUUUUCUCACAUGAUAUGUUAAUGUCCCAUAAACUAAUAGAUGAUCUACAUGGAUCAUCAAUGAUUCGAUAAUACUGGGCUUAAGGCUUUGUCUUUGUGCUGAGAUUUGUUUUGAUCUUGCAUAUUUUUACAUCUCUAUAUUUGGCUAAUUCAGUUGCUCAAAAUACGAAUACCUGGUCAGAAAUUAACUACCAAAAAGGGGAUGGCGAGAUUUAAAAAAAUAACUGAUGUAUUUGUUGUGGCCUAAUCAAUUGUUUCAAACCUAUAACGUCCUGCAUAAAAACAAGACACUAGUAAUAGUAGUUUUGGUUCACCUUUGGAUCAUGAAACAAUGGUGGCAUCUCCUCGUGGUGCACUGACGAAUCACAUUCCGAUAAGCUCCGAAAUCAUUAAGGUCACAAAAUCAAUAGAAUAUAAUCUGAUGCUCCAUAACGGGUUCUUGCUGGAGACUGUAGUCAAUUUCGACGCUGAGUCUGGUCACGCUGUUUUUUAACUCUCUUCCAAUUUCUCUACAUCAGACACCAGGCUUCAUACAAGCCGGAACGCCACUUCUCUCAAUAAGUUAUAAUGAAGUUCUAGAACCACAUUUCUGAAACUGAUAUAUGCUGGAAACAAUGCCGAUGUGUAUGAAGCGAAAAGAUUUUAAGUUUUCAAGCUUCUUAAUACAUAUUGAUUUGAUAAAACCAGCCAAGUUAUUUACUUUGAUGAUCAAGUUUUUAAAAUGUUCUUUGAAAAGAAACCUAUGUCUCAAUAUCCGUUCGAAGCUAAUCUGAUAUAGCCUUUUAUCUCAGCCGUGGAACACUUUCAGGAUUAUUAUUCAGUCUUCCCCACGCUGUGAUAACGAAGUAAACUGUCGUUUCCAAUCACGUCUCCCGAUACUGGAACUAUUUUUUUAUUCAAGAUCAUUAGUUUCAGUUUCUUAAAGAAGAAAGAGACAGUGUUUCAGGAUGAAAGAUGAAAAACAAUCGUUCAAUCCAUAGCAAUAAGAAAUUAUUCUGAUUUGGGUUUCAAUAAUUUUAUUAUACUCUUUCGAACGAAGGCUUUAAUCAAUAUGAUUUAUUAUUAGUUUUCUUCCCACUACUAUAUUCCCACAGGCUUACGUCUUAUCGUAUUGUGACAAAUUACUGGGUUGUUGCAGCCACGAACUAUGUUCACCGUCCUCAAACAUCCCCAAGGCCACAGAAUCUCAUAACACAUUUAUGAUUCAUUUUAAGACAAGAUUAUGUCCCUUUUACUAUCAGACUUGUCGUGUCUUAAGACGUUCCGGCGUUUUAAUAGACUUUCAUAGGUACAAGCUUAGUCGUGUUUCUAAGGCCUACGUGUGACUCUUCGAGGACUAUAAUUACAUGCUAUUACCCAUACAACAACUUCCACUUCUUUACAUAGCCAUUGUACGUCAGACGUAAA